GCCGAGGACAGCAGGUCACUUCCGAGGGAACAUGCUGCCCCCCUCCUGUCCAAAACUUCAGCCGCCACUGAGCCAGUCAAGGGCAGGACCGGCUGCAGACAGGAUCAGAAGUCGAGGUGAAUUGCAUUUGUCACUCUGAACAAUGCUGGCUGCUAAAACCUGCUGUCACCUUCCCCUGCGGACGCUCCAGCUGCAAGGUCGCGCAGAUCACUGGAGGGUUCUGAAGACAUUGUCCACCAUCUAUGUAACGCCAACCGGAAGACGUGCUUAUGCAAGUCAGGCUGCUGACGGAAAUAAAGCAGUACUUGUAACAGGAUGUGAUUCAGGAUUCGGGUUUAGCCUGGCUAAGCACCUACACGAUAAAGGUUUCACUGUGUUUGCUGGAUGUCUCCUAAAGGACAAGGGAGAUGCAGGCGUGAAAGAACUGGACAACUUGAACAGUGAUAGGAUGAAAACUGUUCAGCUUAAUGUUGUGAAGCAAGAGGAGGUGGAGAAGGCUGUAGAGAUCAUUCGAGAUAACUUGAAGGACCCCGAAAAGGGUUUAUGGGGUGUUGUUAACAAUGCUGGUAUCUCCACCUUCGGAGAAGUGGAAUUCACUAGCAUGGAGACCUACAAAGAGGUUGCUGAAGUUAAUCUGUGGGGCACAGUUCGUGUAACCAAAGCUUGUCUUCCCCUCAUCCGCAGGGCCAAAGGUCGUGUCGUGAACAUCAGCAGCAUGCUGGGUCGCAUGGCAAACCCUGCUCGCUCCCCUUACUGCAUCACAAAGUUUGGUGUGGAAGCAUUCUCAGACUGCCUUCGCUAUGAGAUGCACCCACUUGGCGUGAAGGUCAGUGUGGUGGAGCCGGGGAAUUUCAUUGCUGCCACCAGCCUGUAUAGUCCUGAAAAAAUCAAAGCCAUUGGAGAUAAGAUGUGGGCAGAGCUACCUGAGAAGGUGAAGAAGGAUUAUGGAAGAGAGUACUUUGAUGAGAAAAUAUCCCGGAUGAACACAUACUGCAACAGUGGCUCAACAGACACAUCACCAGUGAUAAAUGAUGUCACUCACGCUCUGACUGCGGCAACUCCGUACACACGCUAUCAUCCCAUGGAUUAUUACUGGUGGCUUAGGAUGCAAAUUAUGACACAUUUGCCUGGUGCUAUAUCUGACAAGAUUUAUAUACAUUGAGGCCUCUUGUUUGGUAUAUGUCUCAGUGCAGCCAUAUUCUAAUAUUUGCAACAAUGUCUGUUUAACCACCUACCUCAUGUUUUAAAUCAGGGAAUUGUAAGUGACCAAUCACAUCACUACAUAUAACAUAGUCUGUCUAUAAAUCUAAGGGCCACAAAUAAACCUGCAAUCAAUAUGGAAGCCAGCAAUCAGAAACAAUGAGCAUUCAAACAUCUUGAUUAGUGCUCCUGGAUGUUUAUUGUAAUGACUAGUAUCAUGUGAGCGUUUAUCAUUGCACGGAUUAUAGACAGCAGCUGUCACGUGCACCUGUGACAUCACACCUAUCCAGGAAGUCUCUCUUGUAUGUAUUUUUACAUACAGUUUAUUUAAAAAGUAUAGUAUGUUACUAGUUUGCAGUUCAUAUGUAAAAGGAAUACUGGUGCCAUAUUCAUAAUAGAUUUAUCUGUCUGAUCUACAUUUAUAUUAUAUGGACAUUUACCAGUCUGGUUGACCAGUCUUGUUUCAGAAUGUUCAUGCUUUCGUCUUCUUUGACACCUCAGAACGGCCUACAGCAGUUUUAAACCAGAAUUGGCUUCAGUAACUCAGGAACCCGCAUAUUAAAUCUUUUCCAUUGCCAAGCCUGAGAUAUCUAUCAACAAAAUGCUAUUGUAACUGUGACUUAUAUGGCUUUGGUACAUUGUACAAUACUGCUCUAUGUAUUACAUCAUUUAUAUGAGGUCAGCAGUGAGCUCAUUUUAUUACUAGUGAGGAGCUACACGUUUGUUACCUGUUUUAUAAAUAAAAAGAUCACAGUU